AUGCCAUGGCUGCUCUUCUUGGUCAACGUUGUAUCAGCCAUGACAUCGGCCAACGAGAUUGCUGACUAUUUUCGCAAUUGUUUGUCGUCCGGUUCUUCAGUCUAUCUCACCUCGGAUCCAGCUUCAGUUAAUGCUACCACUCCGCGAUGGGAUUUGUGGAGUGCCCCGACGUACAUAGUUGCUGUUAAGCCUGCCUUGCGCGGCGAUGUGCAGAAAGUGAUCGAGUACGCAUCACAAAAGAAUAUACCAUUUUUAACCACAGGCGGCGGUCAUGGAUAUUCUGGCACCCUUGGGGCGAUUAAAGAUGGUAUCCAAUUGGAUAUGGGCAACUUCAAUACUGUUUUCGUCGAUGCAGAUAAGAACCUCAUGACAGCAGGCGGAUCUCUUCGCUUCAGAGACGUGGCGGCUGCCGCUCAUGCCAAGGGCAAAUCUACAACCAUUGGCGCGUGUUCCUGUGUUGGAAUUGGCGGCGCAACUCUUGGUGGUGGCAUUGGAUUCUAUUCUGGACUCUAUGGUGCCAUUUCCGACUCGCUUCACUCUGUCGACAUUGUCACUGGCACUGGGGAACUGCUUACUGCAUCUGAUACGGAGAAUCAAGACCUCUUUUGGGGUAUCAAAGGCGCAGGAUUCAACUUCGGCAGCGUCACCUCCUUCACGUAUCGCGUCCACGACCAACCCAAUGGAGGUAUGGUUAUGAAUGCCGAUAUGACCUUCACAGGUGCCCAAAAUGCUUCGAUCUGGGAGUUUUCCAAGACAAUGCUAGGGACGCAACCACCAGAGUUGAGCUUAGUGUUUGCUAUGCGGUAUGAUCCGGAAAAAAGCGAUAUUGCGAUAAUUGUCAAUGCCAUCUAUGCCGGACCAUUGGAAGACGGAAAAGCAUUGCUCGAGCCUCUUCUAAAGCUCGAACCCACCAAUGUAGCGAUAUCGUACAUUCCUUGGAAAGACGCACCAGACACUGCCGUCUACGGAAUUACAAAGAUGACUUGUGCCAGCAGCUACACCUAUGUGCCACACGCCAUCAAUCUUUAUGAUAUCAAUGUCGAAGCAUUAUCAGAGCUUACAAAACACGUGUACAAUGUCACUUCGACGACACCGGCAGUACAGGGCACUCUGUUUACAUUCACCCAGUAUGCGAGUCAGGGCUUCCGCGCGAAUAGUGACGCGAAUAUGACAGCGAAGGGGAGAGUGGGUUCCUCAUUCCCUUAUCGCGAACCCACGGUCUUCGUCCAAAUCGAUGGCCUCAGCUUCGAUCCCUCGUCCGUGGACGCACUCGACGCUUUUGGAAAUGAAAUCAGGGCACAGCUACUCGAGUUAAGCGGUCAAAAUCAUCUAGAGCUGUAUUCGAAUUUCGCUCGUGGUGAUGAGGGAGCUGAGGCAUGGUAUGGUACGGAGAAUCUUCCAAGAUUGCAAGCGUUGAAGGCUAGAUACGAUCCGAAAGGCCUGUUUUCAUUUUACAAUCCAAUCGGAGGAGGGAAGCAAGAGGAUUAA